UGAUCCCAAAUUUAGUGGUCCCAUAAAUAAUGUCACAGUUCCUGUUGGACGAGAUGCCAUACUUACCUGCGUUGUUCAUGACUUGGUUUCAUUUAAGAUGGCCUGGUUGCGUGUCGACACCCAAACAAUACUCAGCAUACAGAAUCAUGUGAUCACGAAAAAUCAUCGCAUCAGCAUAAGUCACACCGAACAUCGCAUUUGGCAGCUGCGCAUUCGCGAUGUACAGGAAUCGGAUCGUGGUUGGUAUAUGUGUCAAAUCAAUACGGAUCCGAUGAAAAGUCAAGUUGGCUAUUUGGAUGUGGUUGUACCACCGGAUAUUAUCGAUUUUCAAACCAGCAAUGAUAUGGUUGUGGAAGUGGGAACCAACAUCAGUCUCACGUGUACGGCGACAGGUCUGCCAUUACCGACAAUAACAUGGCGUCGGGAGAAAGAUUUACCGCUCUAUGUGGAGAGCGGACGUUAUGUUUACAGUAUGGAGGGGCAGAAUUUGACAUUGCCGCAUGUUAGCCGCGACACAAUGGGAGCGUAUUUGUGCAUUGCCUCGAAUGGGGUGCCGCCCACGGUGAGCAAAAGGAUAUCGGUGGUGGUGAAUUUUCCUCCCACAAUUUUCACCCGCUAUGACAUCAUCUAUGUUGGCUAUGGCCAAAAGGUAACACUGGAAUGCAUUUCCGAAUCCCAUCCGGCCUCUGUGAAUUAUUGGCUCAAGGAUAAGGAAUUUAUCCAGGGUGGCAGCUAUGAAACGUUCUCCGUCAAUGGCAUCUAUAAAAUGGUAAUGCGUUUGGUGGUACGCCCGCUGAAAGCCAAGGAUUUCGGUGAAUAUCGUUGUGUUGCCAAAAAUAUGUUGGGUGAAAUGGAACAGAUCAUUACCCUGCAUCACAAAGCCAAAAAAAAUCUGCAACAUGCUUUCCAAACCAAUAGCAAGGACAAUCAAUACAUAAUCAUAGAAGAGUACAUAUCCGGCCAUAAUAUGUCGUCCAGAUCCAGCGUUUGCUUCCUAGUUAUAAUCUGUGCGUUUUGUUUAGCAUUACUCGAAAUAAAACUUUGA